AGGGCAGUGGCUAUCCAUUGGACGUGUGCUGACCCAGAAGGAAAAAACUGAUUAUGUUAUGGCAUGUGCUUUGAAAGGAGUUAUUGUUGCCGAGUUACAAGCACGUAAACGGGUUGAUCCCCACUAUCCCGUGCCAUUUAUACUUGUCUGUAAAAGAACCAUAAGGCUAAGAAUCGAAAAACAAUACUACACCAUCGAAGAAGCCGCCUCCCGUUACUCCAUAUCUACCGAAGCUAUACUUCAAGAAAAGCAACGUCAUAACGAAACUCUACAUUCUGAUGCAAGAAGUACUAAGCGUCCGAUGUUGGCCCAAGCGGCCCAAAUGCCAAGGUUUCUAAGCACUAAUUUCAUUUAUUCGGCUAACGUUUCGGCGCAGUCGCCUUCGUCAGAGCCUAUAAAGUGAGGAACAUUGAGAA